UUCGCUUUUCUGCUUCAUUCGUUUUCUUUCUACCCCUCUGCUCACCGUCGCCAAGUCACUGACCCAUCAUCCAUCAGUCGAACGGUGGAAAGUGUCAAGUGAUGAUGUGUUGUUGAUAAAAAUUUUCGCGUUCCGUUCGGUUUUUUUUUGACGAUUGACAUUGACCAGCGAAACAAAAGGGAAAGUGAAUUUCGCGUAAAAAUCGGGAGAAUUUUCGGGUUUUUGGAGUGCAAACAGGUGAAAAUCAAUACUGGCAAGCUUUGACCAUCGGAAAAUGAUCCAAUCAUGAUCGGGCUAUUCUGGUUUCUGGUGAUUAUCGUGCUGAUUUAUUUGGCGAUUACUUGGUUGUUGCCGCAAUGCAUUGGAUACAUCUUGAAACGAAAGUUCAACAUCAAAAUUCGCUUUGGUCGGAUCAGUUUGCCGUUUUCCCUGCGGGAUGUAAAUGUUUGCAAGAGCGGCUUCUCGGUGCAAAUCGAUGAAAUCUGUAUACGCAGCAGUUUCUUCAAUUCGGAGGUGACUAAACUGCUGUCGAUAAACAUUCGAGACAUACGCGUCAACAAGGACAUCAAUCGACGGCAGCAGAACCAAUUCCAGUCUUCAUCUUCGGGUCAAUCAUCGAACCAACAGUCAAAUGCCGAAUCAGACGCGUUUCUUGGUGCCCGUGGCGCCCAACGGAAGAUCUUGGACUUCCGUGAGAAAAAAGUUCAUCCUAUGAUCAUAAAGUUUGCCCAAUUUAUGGCCGUUCAUAUUAAUAACGUGUCAGUUGCCCUGCUGAACAACGAUCACGAUCCUGGAUGGCUUCUGCAUGCCACCGCUAAGGAGCUUCAUCUUGAUGGCAGUCUCGUGCAUAACACCAAGACAAUGCUGGUUUCGGCGGCUCUUUGCGAUGCACAGGCUAAAAUUCUCCGGCAUUGUCAGGCUUCAAAGAAGUUGGAGAAGCCACGGCCGGGUGACUCUCAGCCCUGUCUGGGAGAGCUCAGUUUUGGAAUUGCCCUGGACAGUGUCCUGGUUGCUCAUGGACCCAUUUCUCUGGAAAAGCUGCAAUUGGCCAUGACCAAUACAAAAGCGGUCCUCCAUGGGGGACUUUACGAAUUCAUUAAAGACGCUCAGAGCCAAAAGCGUCGGCACCAGAUGUUCCUUCGCCAGAACAGCAUAAAUUUAGAUCAUGUUCCCAAGUUCGACGGAGAAACAACUAGCGGUAGCGAGACCUAUCUUCGGAUUGCGCCCAUAAUUCCGAAGAACUUUGCAAUCAAUAUCGAGAACACGACCAUUUCGGCCGUCAAAGAGAACAGCUCUAAUGAUUUCGCUGCCACGCUGCAGACGUUCACCAUAACCGGCAAGUUCAACAGUAGGAACGCCUCGGAUGAAUUCCGUAUGCCGAUGUUCUACGUGGGAACACAGCUACAGCAGCUGGAAAUCGAUACCAUGCAGGAGAAGCUGCUCUACCUGGAGCAGUUCAGUGUGGACGCCAAGCUGGAGAAGGAUCUGGUCAACAUCUACUCGAAGCUGGCCUCGUUCAGAAUGAUCUACCAGCACAAGGAGAUCUACGGAUGGAUCAGCAAGAAUUUCUUCUCCAGUGAGCGCUUGGCGCGCCAAAUGAAUCCGAAGAGCCUGAAGUUGGCCACCGGAAUGGGCGGAAGCGGUUCUGGCGGAAGGAUGGCCGGAGCCGGUGCCGGAGGAAUGUGGGAGGAGAUUUUCAAACGGGUGGUGAUUACGGGAUGUGCGGAGCUUUGGAACGUGACUUCGGUGUUCAAGUUCGGACCGCAGGAGAUCUCCUCGAUCUGCUGCAACCACACCAAACUGUUGCUGGAUCAGUUUGCGGAGAGCCGCAGCAGCGCCUACGACAGUCGUCUGCUGAAUCAGGUGUUGCAGAAGCGCCACUGGAGCGCCGAGCUGCUCAUCGAAUCGUUGUGGUGGUCUCUGAGUGGAAGCGCAUCGCACAAGGACUUCGGCCAAAGUCUGAAGAAGAGUCACAUCCGGGAAAGCCCUUUUUACGUCGGGGUAAGUUUGAUCAAGUUGAGCAGCUAUGGCGACGCAACGAAGCUUGAUUUCACCAUCCACACAUUCCGCACGGAGUACAGCCCGGGACUGGCCGACUAUCUGGUUCAGGCGAAGCAAUGUUUGGAACAGUAUCGAUCGUCGAAACUCUCGCGGAGGGGAUCGAUCAAUUUAUCUUCGGCGGACAGUCAGUCGGAGGCGAGUGCAUCUCCGUCCAAGCGUCCGAAGCCGGGUCUGCUGAUCAAUGCCAAAGUUACGGAUAUCACUAGUUUCUUCUUCAACAAGUACGAUACGUGCAUUCUGGCCAAUUUGAACGAGCUGUCUUUGGCAAAGACCCCAGCCAUCAACGUGGUCAAGUUGGAUCAGUUCCAUAUGGAGGUGCUGGAUUUCCGCAAUAUCAGCGGAUCAGACUUUUCGGUUGCCGAAUUGCAGAAUAUGUUUGCCAACUUCAAGGUUAUUCGGUUGGAGCACACGGAACAUCCCAAGCACCCAAAGCUGGCGAUUCAUUUCCUAGAAGACACCGGCGCCAUGUGGAAUGCCAAUCUUCACAUGCAUAUCGUGACCCUUUUCAGCGAAAUCAAAGAACUAAAGGCAGCCUUGAAGACGAAGGAGAUGGCGCAGCCUCCGUUGGAGUUACCGAGAGAGGAACCUCCGAAAAGCCCAUCGGGCGACAGAAAAUCGUGGAUCAUCGAUGUCUACGCGGAAGGAAGUGCGGAGUUUGCUAUUAAGAUUAGCGAUCGCCAUUCGAUGCAAAUCUACAGCGAGAAUUUGUACGUUAGCCGGAAGGAUCGGUGGUUCAUUUCGUUCGAAAAUAUUUUUAUCAAGAUCGACGAUCAACAUAUCUUCACGUUCAAGGACGUGGACAGUCAUCAACUGCCGGAAAUGGACGUGCUGCGGUCGGAGAGGAAGCACUAUGAAAACUUCCGGUUGGCGAGCAAUAAGGUUUGGGCGACCUCGAUCGGUGUGGUGAGGAUAAUCUUCCCGUACGAUCACGACUUCUACGGAGCCAUUGUAAACGAGUUUGUCUCGAUCUACAAGUGGUUGAAGCUGAUACACGGCUACAAAAAGAAGCCGUUUACGCAGGACUCACCGCUGCCUAGUGACAUGUUCAUACAGAUCAAGGAAUUCUUGAUGGAGAUGAGCGACGAUCCGUUUGAGGUGAAAUUAAGGGAUAAUUACGUUUUAUUACUAGACGAGUAUAAUGAAAGUGUUAAGCGGAAGGAGCUGUUUGACCAUAAAAUUCAGCAACUGUGUAUGGAGAGAUUGAUACUGCCGGCGGGAACGUUGGAGGAGUUGAACGCCAAUUUGAUCAAGAAGAACUCCGAGAUCUACAUUCAGCGAUCGAAGAAAUUGGCUGAGACAGGUCCUCCGCGCACGAGACUGAUAGCCUGGAUCAUGACUGAUUUGGAGAUUAUGGCCAUGGCUGAUCCCUCUGUGCAUGGAACGGAGAAUGCGGUUCGCAUGAUUCGGGAUAUUGAUGCCGAAAGUCCAUGGCCUGAGGAAGGUAUCGAAUUCGUCACGCUUUGGUGUCGCGCUGUAAAUGUCAGCUGUACGGAGUGGAAAUUCAUGCUGAGGGAUUACCCACAACCGAUGUUCCACGUGAAGGCUAUGCAUCUCUUUGGACACUUGGCCGGAGCAGAGAUGGCACCUCCAAGAAGAGCCAAACGAGACGUUGACAUAGAAGUUGGCGAUCCUUUCGGAACCCAUACGAUUCAACGGAGCAUGACCUCGAUCAAGUUCUACCACGACUUCGAUUGGGAGCUAGAUUACCUAGCGUACGCAUUUGGACCCUGCUGGGAACCGGUUAUGGCCCAGUGCAAUCUGAUGAUGGAGAAGAUCUCCGCUCCGUCCAGAGAUCCAAGUCCCCCGCUUCCGUUCUGGGAUAAAAUGCGGCUUCUUAUGCAUGGACGUCUCACGAUAAUCGCUAAGCAGUUCACCAUCCUUCUUCACGCAUCGCUGGAUCCCUACAACACCACCGAGGAAAUGGAACUGACUUGGAAUAACUGCGGCAUCGUCUACACGAACGCCAAGAUAAUGUUCAAAGGCGAUCUCAACGUGUAUGUUAGGACUGCCUCCCGGUACGACGAUUGUCGACUGCUGCAUCUACCCAAUCUGAAACUGACCUUCAAAUUGAACUGGAUCUGUCUCGCAAAUCCAAACGACCACCACGCCGUUAUCCCUUGCGCUCCGGACAAACUUCCCGAGUACUCCAGUAAUCAAGUGCACGACUCGUUCCGUGCUUUCCGUUCGCAGAACCUCAACAUCUGGGUAUCGUUCGAAAUCAAGCAGAACGUAUCCGAUGCGGAUAUUCCGAACUUGGUACUGUAUGGCAGCACUCUUCGCUGGUUCGAGAGCCUGAAGCUGAUCUUAUCGGGUGUGACGAGACCGACCCGUCGAGGACCGGUUUUCAACAACGUUCGUCCGCGAAAGAAGCAGCUCAGUCGGCAUUAUAAGCGCGCAAAUUUGCAGAUGAGUUUGCACAAGUUUCAGAUUUUCUAUUGGAUGUCGCACGCGUUGAAUCGAGGCUUCCAGCUAAACGGCGGGAGAAUUACGCUCAGUUCAGAGCAUACGCUAACCUUGUCGCCUAUCGACGAUGGCCUGAUUCACAGACCGAGGGCCGAUUGGGCCAUCAUGUACAUGAAUUGCGAGCUGAACGAUGCGGAAAUUUGGCUCAGGACAACGACGAUCAGCGAUAGAUCCGACGGCAGCUCGGAGAGUAUCUCCAACUCGAAUGGGGACAUUUGUAGGUAUUACUUUUUGAGUGUGGCUAAGGUGUCCUACGGUCGGGAGGCUCUGUUGGCCAAUGGCAAUGAACGAGAGAAAGACACCCCCACGCAUAAGUUGGUUGUGUACGACCUGAAAGGAGCUUGGACCAAAGAUAACCGGGAUGUGGCUUUUGCGUUGUUCGACUCGUUUAUGAAAAGUCAACGGUUGAAGAACAAUUUGUCUACGGAAGCAUUAAAGUGCUUCCGGAAGGAGGGGAACAACACUCCGUUAAAGUCUCGCAACAGUCAGGACAAGACGAGCGGCACGCAUCAUUCGGAUGGUCGCGGUAGUCAGGGACAUAUCAACAGUAAACGUCAGGAGACCUCCGAUGGUCUGGUUAUGUUGCAGCAGCUGAUAUCAGAAGCGGAUCACAAAUCGGUAGUAUUUAGUGAUGAUCUUUCCGCGCAGACGAGGCAGCAGCAGCUGAAGGGACUCCAAGCAUGUCAAGAUGGUGGUGUGCUGCACUACAAUUGGUUCAUUUCGUUGGUGAAUUCGCAGGUUUUGCUGAAGGGAUGCGAGACUUCGGGAUAUGUGAUAUUGAGCGCUGCUAAAGCGGAGAUCUUACAGAGGGUCCAUCGGCCGGUUUGGAGAGAUCACACGAUCGUAUCCAAAACAACGUGGGUUGGAUCGUUGGAAUGUAUGCAAUAUUAUGCAACGGUUAGUGCGGAGGAUGGAGAUACCCGCGAGAUGGCAGAGAUUAUGUGGCUGACUGUAGAUAACAUUCAAGAAAAGGACAGAGGUGCAACUGUGAUAAACGAGUUUCCGGAUUUACCUCAUUUGGUAGGAAGUGGACAGAGUGUGGGCGGGGUUGUCUCGGAAACUGUGGGAGGUGUGUCUGGUGAUGUUAGUCGCGAUGGAAAGUCGCCAAUUCAGCUACAACGAAUUGUAUCUAGGUGUAAGUGUGAGUUUUUCUACGUAAGCUAUGGUGAAACAAGCAUAGAUCCGGGGACUAUCAGCGAAGUGCCGGCUCCACCAGUGGAAGAAAGUUUGAGUCCUUGGGAGAACCAGGAUGAACCAGUGGAUGCUUUUACAUUGAUGCAUCACGAUCUGGAUGUAUGUACGAAUUCACUUCAGUACGCCAUGAUCCUGGACAUCGUUAACAAUUUGCUUCUCCAUGUGGAGCCACAGCGAAAGGAAGCUUCAGAGAGGCUAGCUAGAAUGCGCUUUCAGCUGCAGCUGUACAGCAGUGAAGAUCAGAAGCGACCCAUUCAGCACAUCCAAACGGAAAUUCGAGGCUUGAUGUCGAAAAUACGAUGCCUGGAGAAGGACAUCCAUUUCAUUACCAAAGCUCGCCUGGAGGAAGGUGACAGUGAUGAGCUGCGGAUAGAGUACGAAGAAGUUCAGAAGAUGAUUCGCGAAUACAAAGAAAUGCUGUCAAAUAAAAGCGACGAGCUGGAUAUCAUGCUGUCGUGCUACAAUGAGGCACAACUAUCGGCCUCGAAUCGACUGGCCACUAUUCGCAAAGAUAAACCACUGACCAUCGUCCGUGCCAAUGAAAUCUGCUUCAAACAUGCCCAGUGGAGGCUUACCGAAGCUGAUGGUCAGAUUGGCAUCGCCGAUUUGAUCCUUAGCAACUUCCUUUACACCAAAAACUCCAAAAGUGACGACUCCGUUGAUCAUCUUCUGGAGCUGGGUUACAUCAGAAUCAACAACCUGAUUCCCCGAGACAACUACAAAGAGGUGCUGUGUCCUACAGAGAUCCAACGUGACAUGCCAGUGGAUCACAAACGAGUGCUGCGAGUAUUUUGCCGAGAGAAACCUCCCGUCGGUGGAAUAUCCGUGAAAGAGCACUUUGAAAUCAACGUAGUUCCUAUAACGAUCGCCAUUUCCAAAAAGUUCUACAACACUAUGUUGAAGUUCUGCUUCCCUGAUCGGGACGCUUCGGAAACGGAGGGUAACGAUGAGUUGGAAGAUGGAGCGAGCACAAGCUCGGGCUCUUCGCUAUCGACUAAGGCAAGCUCCAAGAAGGCGGUCAGUAGCAGUUCCAAGGGUAAGAAAAGUUCCAAAGAUAGCAAUUUCUACGUGAAGAUCCAGGAUGACGUGGAGAAGAUGAAGGAGCGGGCUGAGAAGAACAAGCUUUUCAUCUAUAUCAAAAUACCGGAGGUGCCUGUUAGGGUUAGCUACAAGGGUAACAAGGAGAAGAACAUCGAGGACAUUACGGACCUGUCGCUGCUGAUUCCGACGCUGGAGUACCACAAUGUGACGUGGACCUGGUUGGAUCUGCUGCUGGCGAUGAAGUCCGACAGCCGGAAGGUGCUGCUGUCGCAGGCGAUCAAGCAGAAACUGAAGCUAAAGAAGGUGCUAGUGGAUGAACAACCGUCUCCACAGGAAGAGGACAAGGCGAAAAUGUUGUUUGGCAAUCGUCAUGCGAGAGCUCGGAAUAAGCCGGAGAAUAAAAGCCUCCGACGAGGAGUGUUCAAGUUCGCCAAACCGUAGGUUUAUCACAAGUAAGUAUUUUACAAAGAAAAUUCUAUUUAACUACCACCAGUAGUACUGAUGCACACCACAUAAUCAAGGGUGAUCGAUUCUAAAAGAACGCAUUAGAUAAGAACCAAAUAUUAGGGGAAGUGAUUUACACAUCAGCCAAGCUCUAGUCCCAACGAUGUACUCACGCAGAAGUAGGUGAUUACCACAUCACAAAGAACUCAGUGAAGGUUUAAAUUAAAAACUUGAAAAGUAUUAUGAUUUCAUUGAUUACAAUAGAAUUUGCCUAAGCGUGUUGGUGAUCCACCGUGGCAGAAGAAUUAAUAUCUACAUCAUCAUCUAUCUCUCUAUUGGGCAAUAAAGUUUUGUGGUAUUCUCAAAAAUGCUUCGAAUAAUACUACCCUUUGCUGUCGUUUGUUUGGUGUUAUUUAAAUCUUGUAUACAUUUGUAGCUCUUAUAGUUUUCUAAAUUGUGGCAAUGAAAAGCAUUUCAAUUAUUAAAUUUA